ACUCACUAUAGACCCUCAUUGUUAUUCAAACUUCCCGCGUACAAACCCUGGCACGUGAGUAAAAAUGAUACACUAUGGUUUUUUAAAAAGUUAGAUUUGACAGAUUGUUUUUGUUUAAUGGCGUCUGUACGGAAAACUAAAGGAAUAUUUUAAUUGUGAAGCAAAUAGCUUUAAAUGUUGUUUCUCUUUUCAGAGCAACACUUUUGGCUUUUUGUAUUAUAAAACAACAUUUACUCAGCUAUUAAUCAAGAAUGGAGAAACUAAAAUUUGAAUUUGUUAUGAAAUCGGGCGAGGACCCGAAGACUAAUACGAUCUGCAUAACUUCUAUCACGGAUGCCGACCAACGUACAUUUGGAAUUCCGGAAUCAUUACAACCUAUAAGAUUUCACGAAGAAAUAAUUAGAACAAAAAGUUUCCAAAAGGUAAAAACGACAUUAAAAAGACGUCAUGAUAAAAGGCAGGUGUGGAUAACCCUGUCACCAGAAUUAAAAAGGGCUUAUGUCGAUGAGGAUGGAAACUUCGAAAUAAACGGCUACUUAUUGGAGGAAACACAACAACAAGCCCCCGCGACUGAAUCCCUCUCAGCUCUCACAAGUGUCUUAGAGAGUUUUGUGGAAAUGAGGAGGGACAUACCGAGAUCUCAGAACUUGAAGAACUUGUCGGAAAGGUUUGUCCUAGAAAAAUUUACAAAAAAGACAUCAAAUGGAAUACAAUGGAUGACUGCUUUUGAAACAGAAUGUGCUCGUCUGGGAAUUGAAGAAGAUAUCAGCAAAAUUGAAACAUUGAAGUUAUUUUUGGAAGACUCGUGUCUAGAUUGGUAUAGUUCUAUGCUUAUGAAACAUACUGUGAUUUCAGAUUGGUUGAUUUGGAAGAAGAGUUUUUGUGAUACUUACGUGGACAAGGGUUGGUCUCCGGUCAGGUAUGCAAUGUUAUUUAAAUAUAGACAGGGCUCACUACUGGACUAUGCUUUGAGGAAAGAAAAACUUUUAUUGGAGGUAAAUAAAACUAUAGAUAAACCUACUUUGAUUGAUCUCAUCGCUACAGGACUUCCAAAUUUUAUAGCAGAUAAAAUUGAUAGAGGGAGCUUAAAAAAUGUUGAGGAUUUAUUUAAUAACAUUAGAGGCUUGGAACAUUUAGUAAAUAAAAGGGCGUUUGACAAAAAAACAAAUUUGGAAAAUAAUAUCAAAGAUAAAAAUACAAGGGAACGGCCAUGUAGGAUUUGUGAAAAAGAAAACAAAGGAAGUCGGUAUCAUCCUGAAUCUGUAUGUUGGUUUAAAAAUAAAGAAAAUAACCAGUUUAAGAGAGAGCAAAUUAGGAGUGUCAAUAACUCAGAAUUAGAGAUUGAAUUAAAUGAGAUAGAUUCAAAAAACUAGAUAUUCCACCAUUAAUCAAAACUAAAAUAAUUAUAAAUGACACCAUACAUACUUUAGGAAUUUAUGAUUCAGGUUCGAAUGUAUCUUUAAUAAGUUCCAGGUUAUUAUCUUUAAAAGGUGACUCAUUUGAUAGUUAUAAUAAUAAAACAAAUUUAAAAACGAUUAAUGGUGUAAAAAAACCUAUUGGUAUGGUAAACUUAAAAUUAAAGAUUUUUGAAAUUGAAAAGAAUAUGAAUGUUUUUGUCAUAAAUAAAGAAAACUUUGACUAUGAUUUUUUAAUUGGAUUAGAUUGCAUAAAACAGUUUAAGCUAAUUCAAAAUGAAAAUUUAGAAGUUACUCAAAAAAUAAAUAUAAUAAAUGGAAUUGAGAAUCCGAGCACUAUUGUGGAGACUGAAAAUGAUGAUUGUAAAAUUAACUUUAAUGAACACAUACAAAUAGAAAACUUUAACAUUUCAGUUAAUCAUUUAAAUGUCGAUGAAAAAUUGGAAAUAGACAGAUUGAUAGAGAAAUAUGGAUCACUUUUUGCUAAAGAUAAAUAUGAUAUAGGUACAGUGAAUGGUUAUGAAGCACAUAUUGAUUUAUUGGUUGAUAAAUACUGUAGUAAAAGACC